CGCGCGACUGUCGAGAGACACUCACGCUGGAGUCUCAGUCGACGCCGAGCCGCCACGCGCGUUGGCCUCGUUGCUUCGUUUCGUUCGUGAAAACAUCGUCGCGCGAACAUUCGAUAUAAACUUUUCUCCUUCUAUCUUUCUCACCUUCUAUUUAUUAACCUUUGUUUUCGCGUUAGAUCUACGAUCGCGAGGGUGCAUCGAUAAGAGUUUUCGGUGGAGCCUGAUUGGUUCACAGCGAUAAUGUUUCAUUACUAUCUACGCGUUACUACUAUUUCCGGUGUCGCGUGAGUGUCGAUCGUAAACGCUCGAAAGACUCGUCGAGCGAGAAGAGGAAUGUCCUAAACGUGCGUUGCACGCUUUUGUUUCUAUCUCUACCUUUGAAUUCACCGGUACUCGUCACCUUUGACCUCCCUCUACUCCCUCUACAUCGUACCAAGGAGGAUCCAUAGGACACAGGAUAACCUUUCGACUCGUCUUCUUCUGCUUCUUCCUCUUCGACAUGGACUUCGUUAUACUUAAGGAGGACGUUGAAGAACCGGUUCAUGAUGGAAAUAAUCCUAAGGUGAACGGACAAGAUGUUUCUAACUCGAGUCACGAAGAUGCUGUACGUUGCUUUCAAUCGGCGCAAGAACCGAUCAUCGUCGAGGUCCUUCGAAGGCAGCCUUCCUCUCAUCAGCAACAGAUUGUUCACACGCCAUCGAGAGAACACGAGAGAUCGAGUCACGGAAAGAACGAAGGAACGAUGAACGAGAAGGAAACGAGCGAGGACGAAUUCGGAAAAGAAAAUUCUUGUCCUUUGGUAUCGACUGCUGUCCAAACUGAUUGGGCUGGUUUGGUAGAGGAAGAAGAAUUACUAUCGGUACCGCUUGGUACCGAAGAACACACUAAUGACAGUUUCGAGGAUUUCCUUGCACACGACAUAGAUUUUGAGGAAGUGACGUUACGUAAAAGCGGAAGCGCAGAAAAGCUCGGUCUCACAGUCUGCUAUAGUUCCGGUUCCGGUAGCGAGGACGCCGACACGGAGGUUUAUAUUUCAGAAAUAGUUCCUGAAAGUUUAGCAGCCCGUGACGGCCGGUUACGGGAAGGUGACCAAAUCUUGAGAGUGAACGGAAAAGAUGUAGCUAACAAGGAACAAACGGAAAAUUUAUUCGCCGAAACCAAGAACGCUGUGACUAUACUAGUCAGUCGAUGUCUUUAUCAGGAUGAUGAAUACGACGAUAGGCGUAUUUAUCAACAGGGCUCACCACCAUUGUCCCCGGAAAAUUUGCCAGCCUAUCAGAACAGCAUGAUCGAGCAACUUAUACGACAACAGCAACAUCAGCAACAACAAACGGAAGAACAUACCAAAGAAACGGAAGGAAACUUUUCGACGUUGAAAGCUCCACCUCCUAUUCCAUCUCAUAUGCAACAACAGCAGCAACAACAGCAACCACAAUCGCCGCAGCAACAUCAACAACAGCAACAACAACAACAACAACAACAUCAAUUACAGACUCCGCAACAACAGCAAACUCCUUCGAUAUUUUCAACGACCCCGUCCUCCACGUGUUCUUCGCAAAACUCACAAAAAUCAGGUAAGAACGCGACGUCCCCGGCUCACCACACGGAAGACAGAAAGCAAUGGAUGCAGGACGCGUUAAAGGAUUGUUCAAAGAAGAUCGAGAACCUGUCGUUGCGAGGUCAGCAAGUGGUACCUUCUCAAACGACGAUAAAACUCGUCGAAGCGUAUUCAAGUCACGUCUGGAGCGAAACCGAACAUAUUUAUGAAACGAUACCCGAAUCCGAUAGCGAACCUAUCUAUUCUUCGCCUUACGAACAUCAACAUUGGACAACGCAGCAAUUACAGAUGAAUCAUGGAUCAAAUUCGCAGCAGGUACAAAAUCAUGGGAAUCAAACGAAGCUUUGGCAUUCCUCCUCGAAAAGUAACAGUUCUGGAGAAGAAAAAGAUAGUUCGAGUGCUUAUAAUACUGGAGAAUCGUGUCAUAGUAAUCCAUUAACGUUGGAACUUCAUCAGGGUGAGAGAGAUCAUCACAAGAGCACUCUUGUUCUUUGCCCACCGAAAAGUACGAGUAGCCAACAUUUGCAACAACAGCAACAGCAACAACAACAGCAGCAACAGCAACAGCAACAACAACAACAGCAACAGAAAAUGGGUUGUAAUUGUCCUAUGCCGAUUAUGUCGAUGACGGCUGGUAAACAAGGUGGUGGUAGGAGUCAAACUACGAGAAAGAGUUCUUCUCAUCAUAAGGAUCGAACCGAUUCCAGUGGGAGUACAUUACCUGCGGACACUAUGUAUACGAACGUAGCUAAUCUUCAACAAACGAUGCUCUUGCAACAACAACUCUUCAAACAAGCUCUAAAUCGAAAAAAUCUCACAGCGAAGGAAACCGGUGGUGCUAGGAAGUCGAAGUCUCAUGGUAACUUUCAAGCACCGAAUCUCACGCAAUAUCAGUUCGUCGGUAGCCAACAAGUUUGUUCCUCGGCCGCUUGGAUGCCACCGGAGGAAAAAUGCGAGGUACAGAUGGAGUGGAAAGUUAAACGAAGAGCCGACGGUACUAGGUACAUUGCUAGACGACCCGUUAGAAAUCGGCUUCUCAGGAAUAGGGCUCUUAAAAUAUCGGAGGAACGUGCUGGACAUACGACGGAGGACGAAACUAUGUCCGAGAUGAAGGUCGGCAGAUAUUGGACGAAAGAGGAACGCAAAAGACAAUUGGAAAGAGCGCGAGAACGUAAGCAACGACAGCAAGAAUUGAUGCUGCAACAACAACAACAACAACAACAACUGCAGUUGCAACAUAAUAACGAUCUUUUGAUAUGCGAAUAUAACGAGGAUAAAAUAACUAAGAAACCAUUGAAUAUCGUAGAAUUGAGUCACAAAAAGAUGGCACGUAAGAAGACCACAUUAGAUGACUUUACUACUGUACAGGAAAUGUUGGUUCAUGGAAACAGAGUCGGUGCAAGUGGGCCUGGUACCGGUGGAAAAUUAAUGGGAUUAUUAUCAGUUACCACUGUGUAAUUGCUUCUUCUUUUUACAAACUAGAUUGUUCGCAUGAAUUGUGCAAUAAACCUAUGUGCGCGCAUAAGAUGUAUAUCUCGAAGACAAUUUUCUAUGGAUAUAGAAAAUCAAACUAAUUUAUUAGAAGGACGUAUUGACGACGGUAUCUUAUGUUUUAUCAUCUUCUUUCUUACCUUUGUCUUUUAAUUUUAAUUUGUAAAAGAUAAAUUGAAAUUUUGCAGAUCUAUAUAAUGCGAUCCAAAAGUCUGUAAUAUAUGUUUUAGUAUAUGUAUAAUUUGAAAAAAAAAUUCUGAACACAUAAGUUCUAAUAUAUACCUCUUAUUAAAUUAAUUAUUUUUUAAUUUUCGAUAUUAUAAUCUAUCAUGAUUAAUGAUUUUCUUUGAAAUUACACGCCUAAUGUCGUUAAGAUAUGAUCGAUAAUGUCUCUUUGUACGAUAAAGAUUAUAAUAAAGUGUGAUCGAUGUUCGUAGAUGAAAAAGCGUUAAAGUGUGAUAACUAACGAGGAAGUAAGAAAAAGAAAGAGCAUAGGAAUCGUACCAAAAUGAUGAAUAGAGAUUAAAAAAAAAGGUAAAAAAAAAAAAAAGAAAAAAAAAAGAAAAAAAAAAUAAAAGAAUGAAAGAAUUCGUAAUUGUCACUGGAAGUGUACUUUGCGAAGUUUUGCUUAAUGAUUUACUCUCGUGAAUCUGUACAUAUAAAUUAGUUGUACGUUGAUAUUUGUAGAUCGAUUUUUCACAACUUAAGGGAAAAAUUUUAAAUAUAGGCCUGUAGAUAUGUAUUAUACACGUAAAAUGUAUGCCGAUACGAUGCUGGUGGCUUGGUUCUUCUAAAAACAAAUUCCAAGUGGUAAUUUGUUAUUUUGUUUUUUUGUUGAGUCAACAAGCCGUUGUAUAUUCGCUCGACGUUGUGCAUUGUUAUAAUCGGAGAUUAUAUAUAAUAUAAUAUAUUAUCGGAUGUUAACAAUUUCUCCGCUUAUCCGUGGAAUCUCAAGGAAAUUUAUAUUUCUGGAGCCUCGUAAGAAAUAAUUCUUCGCAAUGACGUGUACAAUCUCUAAUUUUUUAUACGUGUGUACAUUAAUGCACAUAAUGUACAUUGCUCUAUGAAUUAUCCUCCGUUUAAGAUUAUUUUCGACUGAUACGUACGUAUGUAUCUAUAUAUGUAUGUACUUACGUAUGUUACGUGCUGUGCAAAGUAGCGGUAAACGACAAAUCACUUUUAAUCGUUCUAAGCGCAUACAUUUAUUUCCUCGCGGAUACAUGUAUGUACGUAUAAGAUUGAUAAGGAUUAUGUGUAACUAACUUGGAACCGUAUCAGACGCGAUCUAUCACAGUAGGCAUGACAUGUCUGUAAUCUAGAUUAAAUAUUCUUGUCAAAAGCGUAUUCAAACUCCGAAAGAAUUAUCAAAUAAGCUGUGUUUUGUAUGUAGAUGCGCCGUAAUAAUUCUAAAUAUGUGUAAUAUAAAUAACGCUCGAAUAAAAUAUAAGAUAUUGAUAUACGGAUUGCAAACACA